AUGGUGGACCCAACGUACAAGGCAUUUGUUCUGAAGGAUGUUAAGCAGCUUGCGUUCGAGGAGCGCAAGACUCAGCCAAUCAAAGACACGGACGUGAGAGUGCAUGUUGCCCAGACGGGUAUCUGUGGUAGCGAUGUGCACUACUGGCAAAAGGGCCGGAUCGGCAAGUUUGUGUUUGAGAAGGGCAUGGACAUGAUCUUGGGCCACGAGUCGUCUGGCGUGAUUGUGGAGGUGGGCGACGCCGUGAAGGGCCUGAAAGUGGGCGACCGUGUGGCCAUCGAGCCGGGUGUUCCGUGUCGGUUCUGCGCGCUGUGUCGCGACGGGCUGUACAACCACUGCGACAACAUGAAAUUCGCCGCCACUCCGCCCGACGACGGCACUCUGGCCAAGUAUUACACCGUGGCCUACGACUACGUGUACAAGAUCCCAGACUCGAUGGACAUGGAGGAGGCCGCGCUCGUGGAGCCGGUCAGCGUGGCUGUGCAAAUCUGCAAGCGGGCACGUCUCCAGGCCGUCGACAGGGUCGUUGUGUUUGGAUGCGGGCCGAUCGGUCUGCUGACCCAGGCCGUUGCCAAAGCGUACGGCUGCCGCACGGUUAUUGGGUGCGACAUCAGCGACGGCCGGCUGGAGUUUGCGUCCAAGUACGCGGCCGACGGCGUGUACAAGAUGCCGUUCAAAAGCGCAGACGAGUCCGACGAGGAGUUCGCCAAAAGGGUGUCAUCCGAGAUCAAAUCUAAGUUCGAUUUAGGUUCUGGAGCAGACGUGAUUCUGGAAGCGUCAGGUGCAGAGCCAUGCAUCCAGGUCGGCGUCUUUCUUGCUAAGCCCGAGGCGCGCUUUGUGCAGGCCGGCAUGGGCCGCGAGUUUGUCAGUUUCCCAGUGACAGAGGCGCUUGUGAAGCAACUCAACUGGACAGGCAGUAUCCGGUACUCUGCCGGGGUGUAUCCAAUUGCGGUGGACCUGGUUGCCAGCGGCAAGGUGAAGGUGAAGCCUUUGAUCACGAACCGGUUCACGUUUGAACAGGCCGAGGAAGCGUUUGAGCUUGUCAAGGCAGGCCGCACCGAUGUUAUUAAAGUUAUUAUCCAGGGUGUGCAAUAG